AUGGCCUGUACAAAAGAUUACAGCGUCGAUAUGAAGGAUUUAUUAAGUUUGCAAAAACUAGUAAUUCCCACCAAGCCGGAAGUCAAAUGUUUAUUGGCAUGUGCCUAUAAGGACGCUGGAACUAUGAAUAGCAAAGGAUUAUACGAUCUUGAAGCAGGUUAUAAAAUUGCGGAAAUGAUGAAAAAUGGAGAUGAAAAAAGGUUGGAAAAUGCAAGGAAAUUUGCAGAUAUAUGCGCAAAAGUAAAUGAUGAGGAAGUCAGUGAUGGAGAGAAGGGGUGUGAGAGAGCUGUACUUAUAUUUAAAUGUGUUAAGGAAAAUGCUCCAAAGACUACAGUGCUUCAAGGAUCAUUUGGUCCGUGGCAGGAAAACAGAACUAACACCGCCAUCUUGUAUUGUAAAGCGUCACUGUUGGGAAAGGUGGGAUUUGAUGUUUGUUGUGGAUAUUUCGUGCCUUUAUUUCAA